CAGCACUAGUUCUCAGCCAGCCAGUGCGUGAAUCAGCCGCGACCAGAACCCACGUGUGUAGUUGCAAUACAAAAUAAACAACUUUGCAAUAGUGUUUUAUAAGGGAACUUAUGGAAAGGGAAGUAAUGGCUGGGGAUACACCUUUAGGGUUGCGUCAGCUGAUGCAGACGAGCUACGUAGAGGUCCGUCGCGAGUUCUCCUGCUGCGACCACCACUUCACAGUGGCUGCGCCGGAGUGUGGGCACUUCCUCGUUGCCAAGGGCCUCACCACCAAACAUGUCCGCGACACUCAGGACCAAGUGGUGAUGAUGUUUCGCAACCCCCAGCGUUUCUGCGAGCUACCAUCUAUGGAAGUGUACGUGGGGCAGUCACCAGCUCUCACCAUCAAGUAUAAAGGGGGAUUCAGCCGCUCCUUAUGGAUAGACGACGAAUAUGAACAGCAUGUGCUCAAGAUAAAACAACCUUACAGCUUUUUUGGAACUGCUGAUUAUAAUGUGCUUGGCACGAAUGACGCGCAGGUGGGGGUGAUCAAGAGGGACUGGACGGAGUACGACGUGCAAUUCCCAAAGGACCUGGACGUGCGGUACAAGGGGGCACUCAUAGCUGCCUGCGUGUUCAUUUCUAUAGAAAGCCAGAGACGUCGCCAUUGAAAUAAGAUCAAGUAGGAUAAAAACAAAUUAGUCCUAUCUUGAAAAUAUAAACUUACUUUUUUAAAUAUAAUUAUUUUUUAUAUUAUACGGAGUGUUAGUGAUGUCGUAACGAAUACUGAGGGGGAUAAUGUAGACCAUGAUUCUGAGUUAAUAUCAAGUGGAAUUUUUCGUCGCAAAAUUCAUGUUGUUCUGUGUUUUUAUUAUUAUUUUCAAUUCUAUAUAUUUUUCCUUUUUUUAGUCUAUAUUUUUGUGACGGAAAAAUCCACAUGAUAUUAACUCAGAAUAACGAGCUGAAUCGUCCCCCUCAGUAUUCGUUACGAUGUCACUUACACCCCGUACAAGUACGUAUAGAUGUUAGUGGCACCGUAACGAAUACUGAGGGGCAUGAUUCAGACCAUGAUUCUGAGAUGAUAUAAUAUGGAGUUUCGUGUCGGAAAAUUAAUGAAAAUUUUAGUGUGUUUUUAAAUUAUUUUCAAUCCCAUACUCUUGCGUCGGUAAAUUCCACUUGAUAUCAACUCAGAAUCAUAGCCCAAAUCAUCUCUCAAAAUUUUCGUUACGAUGUCACUAACACCCUGUAUAAGGCUUUGGGUUACUUUAUACUGUGCCCAGCACGUUGAUGCCUCGUUUGACAAGACUAUACGCAAGUACGUACUAUAUAAUGUACUUAUAUGUAUAAAAUGUUGAUGAAUAAUGCCUUUUUAAGCCAGUGACUGUACUUACGCAUUUAUUAUAAGACAUUUUUGUUACCUGUAUAUUUUUAACCCAUUUGGGAUGUAAAAUAAAGUUAUAUUUUAUAAAUAUUUUUAUUGUAAUUAGAUUGUAAGCUACGAGUAUACUCACAUAAUAAAACAAAUAUAUUUCAAUUGA